AUGGAUAUUUUGUUCCGGAUUCAGUGGAAGGACACUAGGUUUGUGGAAAUUGGAUAUUUUUCCUUCUCUGAGAAUAUUUGGCCGAUUUUUAAUGAUAAACUCAUUCUUUUUUGGCUCAAAAAGUAGUUACAGCUUUUUUUUCUAAGAUUUUUGGGAAUAAUUUCAUUUUUCUUCCCUAAAUUUCAAUAGUGGCUGAACGAAAAUUUGCUUUGGUUUUUGUUCCUAAACGGGUGGCAAUUUUACUGCCUUACUGGGAAAAUUUUUAGCGGCCACUGUAGGGUUUUGACGUUUUAGUGGACACUAUAGCAGUCAAAUUAAUGGCCACUAAAGGGGUUGAAAAUAAAUGGCCACUAUAGAGGUCUAAGGGCUACUACUAGAUCACUAAAAAUUUUAGUGGCCACUUUAGGGGUCACUGGAUCAACUUCAACUGGUCCAAUCUGUUUGUUUGAAAAUUCUCGGACAUUGGUAACGCGAAACGGACGUGCUCCGGACGUUUCUGGGCGAUUCUAGGGAUCCCUUAAGAGUUCUGAGGCUACUAAAGUGGUCACUAGAAAUUCCCCGACACGUCCGAUUCGCGUCCCGUUCGCGUUACCAAGGUCUGAGUUAUCAUAGUUACAGGAAGGAAUAAUGGAUGAAAAACUACUGAAGUGGCCACUAAAUAGAAAACCGUGUAUGAACCAAAAUGUGCUACAGUAAUAUAAUCGGAAAUCAUCAUUUUCCGAGUCUUUCAGCACCCUUUUUGCGCCCUUUUUUCAGCCUUUUUGAGACUUUCUACGCAACAAAGAGAGAAAGGCUCAAUAAAGGCCGCAAAACGGAAUCCUUUCAGUGGCCAUUUGGCACCCGUUUUUGGCAAUGAAAAUGGAGGAAUAUAUCAAAAAUUUUCCGAAAAGUGCUUUUCAAGUCCUCAAAAUUUCAUUUUUCAACAAGUAAUAAACUUUGAAUCAACCCGACUUCAGAAAUGAUAGCGUAUGAUUCAUAUUUUGCCACCUCAUUUCUAUUCCUCAACCGCAUUUCUUCAGAUAUUUCUUCCUCGUCAUGGAAUUAUUCUUGCUUGAACGUAGGAAGAUUUUGGAAUCCCACGGAAUUGAAAAAAAAUUUUAAGUAUUGAAACUUGGAGCGACGUUGCUCCCAAUGGUGCUGGUGACGCUGGCGGCGUGCUCCUGCAACGAUCGAAAUCGGGAACAAAUGCACCUUCAGCGUAGGCAGGUGAGAAGACUUCAGCCAUUCCCAGUGCGGUCAAAGAAUUUUGAAGCGAAUGGACUGUAGUCGAUUUGGUGGAUAGUCAGCUAAUUUUAAGAUCUUUGUGAUCUGAAUGACGGUUUCUUUCAGAAGAUUUCUAUUUUCCUGUACGUUUAUUAUACCUGAAUUCGAUUCUGAAGCUCUAUUAGAAACUUAAAAAAAAAAAUCCUCAGGCCCUGAAAAAACGUCAGAGAGAAGCGGUGAUCGAAGGUCGAAGCGUGAGAAGCGUCAUCGAGACUGAGGUGGAGCCGGUCCGAACGCCAUGCUUCGGGUUGGUUUCUUCACAAGGGAUCACUUGAGGGCUGUCUAGACGGGGGUUGAAUUGCUUAAGUGACUUGUCUGAAACUUUUCAAGUGGUCACUUUAGAGAUUUAAGCUUGAAGUAAUUUAUCAAUCAGGUGUGUGCUAUCUCUCUGAAGGGGUAGUAGAACCCCUUAAGUGACCUUGCUUCGGGUUGGUUUCUCUACAAGGGAUCUCUUGAGUGUUCUACAUUGUGAAAAAAGAAUUGACCUUUCUGGAACUCUUCAAGUGGCCACUUUAGAGCUAUAAGCUUGAGGUAGUUUCCCAAUCCGGUGUGUGCUAUCUUCCUGAAGGGGUAGUAGAGCCCUUAAGUGAACUUGAUUCGGGUUUAUCUCCUCACAACGGAUCGGAUCACUUUAGGGCUCUCUAGGCGAGACGAAAAAGAUGAGUGACCUAUCAAGAACUCUUCAAGCGGUCACUUUAAAGCUAUGAGUUCAAAGUAGUCUCUCAAUCUUCCGUGUGCUAAACUUCUAAACGAGUAAUGGAGUUCCUUAAGUGAUUACUCUAGAUUAUUUCAGUCUCACGUGUGUUCGGAUGAUGCCACAAGUCAAAAAGACGCCGUCGCCCUCGCAUCACAACGGCGGCGACGACUACUACAGUCGCCUCAGCGCCAGCGAUGAAAAAUCGAAGCGACUGGAGAAGAGCAAGCCGCCGCCGGCUGGUGAGUUCUGAAAAAUGGCGUAAACUGCAUUCGCCACGACUUGAAACAGUCUGACCUCUCUGCGCCCUCUUUUCUCUAACCGGCGAGGAGCGAAGAGAGCGCAGAGAAGUCAGACAAUUUUUCGCCAAUCGCUCCUUCUGUACUUAUUUUGGCACGUGUUGAAACAGUCUGACGUGUCUGCGCUCUCUUUUCUCUAACCGCAUAGAAAUGAAGAGAGCGCAGAGAAGUCAGACAUCAAUUUUUCGCGACUCGUUCGUUUUUACUCAAUUCGGGCUUGAAACCGUCUGACCUCUCUGCGCUCUCUUUUCCCUAACCGGCUAGAGACGAAGAGAGCGCAGAGAAGUCAGAUGUCAAUUUUUCGCGAAUCGUUUUUUUUCUAUACCAAAUUCGUCAUGACUUGAAAGACUCUGACCUCUCUGCGCUCUCUUAUCCCUAACUGGCUAGAAAUUAAGAGAGCCCAGAGAAGUCAGACAUCAAUUUUUCGUAAUUCGCUCUUUCUGUACUCAAAUCGCCUCAUCUGGAAACACUCUGUCCUCUCUGCGCUCUCUUCGCUCUCGCCGCCAAGAAAUGAAGAGAGCGCAGAGAAGUCAGAAAACCGAUUCUCGCGAAAUUCUCCUUCUGUACUGUACUCGUCUCAAUCGGAAACACUCUGACCUGUCUGCCCUCUCUUUUCUCUAACCGCAUAGAAAUGAAGAGAGUGCAGAGAAGUCAGACAUCAAUUUUUCGCGAAUCGCUCCUUCUGUACUCCAUUCGCGACGACUUGAAACAGUCUGAACUGUCUGCGCUCUCUUUUCUCUAACCGGCGAGAAGUAAGGAGAGCGCAGAGAGUGCAGAGAAGUCAGACAUCAAUUUUCCGUGAAUCGUUCCUUCUUUAUUAAAUUUGGUACAUAUUGAAACAGUCUGACGUGUCUGCGCUCUCUCUUCUCUCCCCGGUCGAACAAGAAAAUAGCAGGCAAUAACAAGAAGAUGCAGAGAAGCCAGACUUUUUUCAAUUUAUGACGAAUGGCUUUUAAAUCCUUUCCAAAAUGAAGUUUUCACCAAAAUCAUAGAAAAAGGUGCAGUUAUCGACGCGUCGAGCGGCGAAUCGGAAAAUGUUCAACAGCCGUCGUCGAGCCUUCUUUCUAACAGCAACAAGUCAAGUGGUUGGUUUUUCAAAUCUUAUAGUUCAUUUAUCGCUUGCUUGUCGAAAAAUAUGAAUUAUACGAGUUUAAAAAAUGGUCCUGCAACGAACAGUGAAGCUGAGUGAGACAUGAGAAAGUCAUUUUUUUGGAAGGUACAAAACUUGAAAAAAUUUAAAGGGACAUGUAUUUUUCGAGAAGAUGGUCCUGCCACGAUCAGAGAAAUAGUGAGCACAAUCGAACUUUUUAAAAAAAUAAUAAAUCACUUUGAAAUCUCACCUUACUGUAUAAUUUUCGCUGAUCGCUUCAAGAUCUUUUUUGAAAACUCACUGAUCAUUUUUUUGAUAUUUUUUUAGUCCUAAAUUUUCAGAUUAA